AUGUCCGGUAAUAAGAUAUCGAAUCUCCAAAGUCUUGUCUUCUUCCUCUACCGGUUUUUUGUUCUCCGGCGUUGGUGUCAUCGGAACCCUAAACCAAAACUCCAAAAAUGGCCUUCUCACGGUCUCCAUCAACGUCACGACUUAUCGCACCACACCUUGAUCUUCAACGUCGAAGGAGCUCUUCUCAAAUCAAAAUCUUUAUUCCCUUAUUUCAUGCUAGUAGCUUUUGAAGCCGGAGGGGUAAUAAGGUCAUUUUUACUCUUCAUUCUCUAUCCGUUGAUAUGUUUGAUGAGCUACGAGAUGGGCUUAAAGGCCAUGGUGAUGUUAAGCUUCUUCGGGGUUAAAAGGAAAAGCUUUCGGGCAGGGAAAUCGGUUUUGCCUAAGUAUCUUCUUGAAGAUGUUGGGCUCGAGAUGUUUGAGGUUUUGAAGAGAGGAGGUAAGAGAGUUGGUGUGAGUGAUUUGCCACAAGUUAUGAUUGAUGGGUUCUUGAGAGAUUACUUGAAGAUUGAAGUUGUGAUCGGGAGAGAGAUGAAAUUGAUUGGUGGUUACUACUUAGGCAUCAUGGAGGAUAAUAAGAAACAAGAGUUCGCUUUUGAUGAAUUGGUUCAAGAAGAAAAACUAAGUAGUGGUCAUGUCAUUGGCAUCACUUCUUUUAAUUUGCCAAGUCACCGAUCGCUAUUCUCUCAAUUUUGCCAGGAGAUUUACUUCGUCAGAAAUUCAGACAAGAAAAGUUGGCAAAUUCUACCGAGAGAUCAAUACCCUAAGCCAUUGGUUUUCCACGAUGGUCGUUUAGCCAUCAAGCCAACACCUUUAAACACACUCACAUUAUUCAUGUGGACCCCAUUUGCCGCCGCUCUAGCCGCCGCAAGACUCGUCUUUGGCCUAAACCUCCCUUACUCCUUAGCCUAUCCUUUCCUUGCCUUCACCGGUCUCCGCCUAACCCUCACGGUCAACAACCACAACCACCAAAUUUCUUCAUCUUCCGACAAGAAAAAAGGUUGCCUCUACGUGUGUAACCAUAGAACCUUAUUAGACCCACUUUACAUUUCUUACGCUCUAAGGGAAAAAAACAUCAAAGCUGUUACGUAUAGUCUAAGUAGAUUAUCUGAGAUUCUAGCUCCGAUCACUACCGUUAGAUUGACUCGUGACCGAGCCCAAGAUGGUCAAGCCAUGGAGAGAUUGUUGAGCCAAGGAGAUCUCGUGGUUUGUCCUGAAGGGACUACGUGUAGAGAGCCUUACGUGCUUCGGUUUAGUUCACUUUUCUCGGAGGUCAGUGACGUCAUCGUGCCGAUUGCUAUCGACUCACACGUGAGUUUCUUUCAUGGCACGACGGCUAGUGGGCUUAAGGCUUUUGAUCCGAUUUUCUUUCUCUUGGAUCCUUAUCCUUCAUACACCGUCCAAUUGCUUGAUCCUGUCUCUGGAGCAUCCACGUGUAGAGAUCCUAUUGAUGGAAAAUCUAAGUUCGAAGUGGCUAAUCACGUGCAGCAUGAGAUCGGGAAUGCAUUGGGGUUCGAGUGCACUAACCUCACGAGAAGAGAUAAGUACUUGAUCUUAGCCGGUAAUAAUGGAGUUGUCAGCGAAAAAUAA